CUAUAUUACAGGGGCCCUGAAGGGACACCAUUUGAAGGGGGUGUAUUCACCACAAGACUUGUAUUUCCCCCUGACUACCCUCUUAGCCCACCCAAGAUGAGAUUUACCUGUGAAAUGUUUCACCCCAACGGUAAGUGAAAACAAAAACACUCUUAAGAGGAUGAAGUCUAGCUUGCUUGGAGAUUAUUCCUCAAGAUAUUUACUUUUGUAUAUGGUAUUUAACUAUUUGUUUCUGAAUUUGCUGAGUAUGGGUGUAUAAAAUCAAGGGCCUCGAUUUGAGAGAAAUGACAUCAUUGUCAAAGAGCAAAAACAUAGCAUAUCAUUUCAAUCAUUGCCAAAAAUAACCACCGCAUGCUCAUCACAAGACUCAUUUGCAGACAAUGAAAGUAGUGUCUUCACUGUUAUUUAGUCCAUCUAUAUAAUAUUAUAAAUCUUGUCUUGUAAUAUGUCUUCGGCUCCCCCCGCCUCGAUUAGUUUAUAAGCUAUUUGCGGGUAGGAAAGUAAUGUAAUUAGUUAUUUUCCAAUUUUCAAUCAAAUUUGUUGUUGUAGUUGUUGUUUAUACAACACUCGACCAGUUAGCCUCACCAUGAAAGUUUGGCUCAUUAAGAUUCUUCGCCACCACUGAAGUAUUCACUUGUUCCAAAGUAAUCAAUGCUUUCAAGCGAUAGAAUUCCUUUAACCCAUUCGCCCCUGAACCGCCCGUAACCGCCCGUGUGGAUCCAGGUCCUUUCUACCCCUUGUGACGUCAUCAGUUUUAACGGUCAAGGACAACUUUCUUCGCUAACUUGUGCAGAGUGAAGAGAUCUUUCAAACCAUACCAGAAUGAGCACGAUUCAGUCAAGGACACCGGAGAAAGAAGCAAAAAACCACGUGAUAUUGACUUGAAAAUCUGCAUGAAAAUUUUGUUCCCUUGCUCACCUACCUUUCCUUUCACCUAAUCCUAAGAUCCUAAAAGCUUUCCUAAAAACUCUUCCCACCAAAAUCAAGCCUACUAAAUGCCCAGCAAGAGAAAAAAAAGUGAGGCAAGAAAAGCGAAAAAAGAAGGGCGGAGAAAUUUUGCUUUCUGCGCAUGCCCGAACUUCGCAAGCUGAUAUUUUGCAUCUGGAUCAGAAGGCCGCGAAGUGUACGACCUGUAAACCGGUUUGUGGUAAGUUUUAGCUCUUUAUAGCACGACAGUGACCAGAAAACCACUAGACUAGCUUCAAAACGCGUUUUUCGGCAAAAUCUCCAGGAGCGAAUGGGUUAAUGACUUAGGGUGAUAGCCGACCUCCAGGAGCGUAGCGCGAUACCUAAGAAAAUGUGGUAAUGUACCCAUCCGAGAAAUUCUGAUAAUCACGUGAUCGCGCAUGUCCUUCCGUCUGCACCACAGGCAUACCAAUGUAAAAUAACUCAGUCAACAGGUACAUGUAUGGCAACCCAAAUGCAACUCAAGGUUAUUUUGGCGGGAAAUCACAUAGCCAUCCGUGUCUCAUGAAACAGAGACAACUGUAUCUGUGUUGUGCAAAGUAUUAAGCUUAGAUUAAUUGUCAUGUCCACAAUUUGGAACACAGAGAAAGAGAAAGUACAUGUACACAUCUAGGCGACAGGCCAGUGAAGCUCAAUGAGAAAAAGAGUGAAAGAGAGCUAGAGCGAGAGAUGAAAAACAGAGCCGACUUUCUUUGUUGGAAGGACAACAUGAAAAAUUUGUAGCGGCAUUGAGGAAAUGAGAAAUAUCAGUGACCAAAGGUGAAAAUGAGCGGCAGUGAAAAAAAAGUGAACAAGAACACGUACGACAUUUCCAUCAUACAUGUAAAAUGUGUAACCAGGAAGUUUCUGGAAGUUUCACCUUGUAGUCAUGCAAAACAGUGGCAAAGAAAUGUACAAAAAAAGUGUGCUGCACCUGCAAAGUUGCUUUUUUGCUAAUUAGACCAAUUGUUGUUUUUUCACCGUUCUCGUUGCCUUCGCUGCUUAGCAUUACAUGAUUUUAUAUUUUGUUUGAGCCAGCUAUAAAUAUUAUCAAGAGCUUUUUGCUUUUAUCUCUGGCUAAAUCUAUAUUAUUGUUGUCAGUGAUCUAAGAAAAUAAUGAUUUUGAAAUAAGCACUGCCCCUGAAUGAGCACCACAUUGAAGAUGCUAGCUAAAAUUUGAGAAAAUAGAUGCUGUGGUACAUUAUGUAUUUGAGGGAAAAAAUAUACAAAACUAGGCCAUGGAAACCUUAUAAAACUGUAAUUCUCAAACUCAUUAAUUAAUCAUGCAAACAAAAGUCAAUAAAUGACAACCAUUUGGGUCAGGUGGACGAAUCUCAACACCUAAUGAAACACCCAAAAAAACACCACCAUGUUUUUAUCUGAGAUGAAACAUGUUUUUCAUCUGAAAUCAAACACUUGCAUUUUAAUCAGACACUUUAUUGAUUAACACAACUCAUAUAACAAUACUUUGUAAAAACUAUGUUUACGUUAUCAUGCUCUUUACUCCUUAUUGUACCCAGAUGGCAGAGUUUGUAUCUCCAUACUUCAUGCACCUGGAGAUGAUUCUAUGGGAUACGAGAGCAGUGCUGAGAGAUGGAGUCCUGUGCAGUCAGUUGAAAAAAUUCUUUUGUCCGUUGUCAGUAUGCUCGCAGGUACAAAAUUAAUCCAUCACACAUACAUGUUUAUUACCUCUAACUUGCUCUAAAAUCUUGAUUUAUUUUGUGAUAAAAAUUUAUGCAUAAUAAAAUUCAGAUAGAAUACCCACACCCUGUAACUUACAGCUCUAGCCGCUUUUUAAGAACAAGAGGGACCACAAUAGGGUACUUUAAUCCUGUCAUCCCGAAACACAUUUUUGCUCAACCCGUAAUCCCGAUGGGUAUUUCCAGCAUCUCGCAUCCCAUGCAUACUCUGAAUCCUGAAUCUCACCCCCAGUAGGCCUUACAAUCCUGAAUCCCGGCCUUCAAAUAGGGCAAAUCAAGGCUUCUUUAUUUGUCAAAUGACAAUCUUCUCAGCUCCAAGUAGUUUAUUUUAGGACCCUGUGAGACUCAUUUUACAUGCAAUCUGCCUAAACCUUUAUUUUUCUGUUCUUCUAUAUUUUUUCAACAGAACCAAAUGAUGAAAGUGGUGCAAAUGUAGAUGCGUCAGUGAGUAUUAAUCCUAAGCACUAAGACAAGAUAAAAUUUCUCUACAAAGAAAAGAUGUGAUCAGACAAAAAAUAAUAACAUCUCAACAAAAGCCUAAUUUUCAUCCUUCAUAGCCACUUGAGGUUUAUUGCACAUCCCAAAAACUGAUUGGCUUAAGUUCCCCCCUCCCCCUCCUUGGCAAAUUCUUCAUAACUAGCUACAUGUCAUACUGUGAACUAAAUUUGGAAAGCGUUUGCCAAUAACUGCAAAGAUGACCCCUUAAUUCACCAUUUUCACAUAGACCUAUUAUGCACCUUGCUUAACCCUUUAAGCCCUAAUAUACAGGUAAUAAUGCUCUAAAGUGAUCUACGUGCACAUUUCCUUAAGAGUUAGUGGAGAGAAUUUAAUGAAAGAUCAAGCCAUUUUCUCAUCAUUUUAUCAGUUCUCCUAACCUUAUCUCUUGAAAAUGUAUGGAUAAUGUUAGGAGAAAAUUGAUGUUGGUCACUAUUGGGACUUAAAGGGUUAAAAGUGCAUCACCAUCAUUUCCAAUUUCUCCUGGGUAUUACAGUUGUCCCAUGAGAAAUCAAAAGGGCAAGGCUUGAACCCCAGACAUCCAGAUCCGGUGCUCAAGGUAUUAACCACUCAGCCAGACAUGCCUCCACAUUUUUAUUUUGACGUCACAUGUUAUUGGAAAGUGCAGGAAUGUUUGCAAGGAAAUUGCUGGUAGAUUACAAAAAACAGCUUGUAACAAACAAAUGUCUCCUGGGUGUGUAUUUACCUGUGAAGUCUUGGACAGACAAACAAAAAAAAAAACAAAUUCGGUUUUCCUGGAAAUAAUAUUAUUUGCAUCAAUAUUUGAAAUUUGUGCUCAGAGUUAAUAUAUUGUUUUCUUACAUUGUUAUCUUUCUGUAAUCUGAUUGUUCAACUUUGUGUUAUUCCCCCUGGUUGCAGUCGUCACACUGUAAGUGAAUAGUCCCUAAGGUAAUUUUAACAUGAGUGAGUUCAAUUUACAACCAGUCAUAGUACCCAAAAGUUUAAUGACUUCGCCCCACCAAAACAUCUCUUGCCCACCCCCCAGGUUCUUACGGUACAUGUAGGCGGGCAAUUCAGUGGACGACCCCCCCUCCCCCCUCCAAAUCUCACCUCACUUCAGGUUGUUGCUUCUUGCUAUCAAAGAGAAGAGAAAUAGCUGAAUCAUCACAAAUGCAUUAAAACUUACUGAGUGUUUUUGUUCUCUUUCUUCAGAAAAUGUGGAGGGAAAAUCGCAACAAGUUCAAUGAAAUAGCCAAAGAGAUUUCCAAAAAAUCACUAGGUCUUUAA